AUGGAUAAUAGUGACGGAGUAAGGCAAAUUCCUACUUCAGAGACACCUCAGAGAAGUGUUGUACAACUUCUUCCCAUAGAUCCCGAGGUUGUUGACUUUUUACUUCGGCUUCACGACAAUUUGCAUCGUAAAAACGCAGAUGCCAUUAAGAACCUGUAUGAACAGGAGCUAAAUGUUAUCACUGAUAAGUAUUUUAAGAACAGUCGGUGGCCUUCUAUCGCGGAUGUCGCUGGAUUCUACAGCCAGUCAGGCCGCUUUCACAACUUUAUCAUGGCGCUGUACUCUGAGAUUUAUUAUCGCCACGCCUUCUACCUCGGGGAGGCCAGCUACGACGACCGCGUCGAUUCCUGGAAUAAAUACGUUAGGCUUUUGACCUAUUUCAUUGACGAGUGUGAGAAGCCCGAGGGCAGCGAUGGACUAAACGCACUUUCGAUCCCAUCUUCCUGGGUUUGGGACAUGUUGGACGAGUUCGUCUACCAGUUACAGGAGAGCUGCCACUGGAAGGCACGUUUCUGCAGCUCCACAGGAGAUAUUGCCCUCGAGAACUCCGAUUCUGCUUAUGAGAUUCAGCGUAGAGUUGAGGAGACGAAGAGCAUUUGGUGUGUGCCAGUUGCUCUAGAGCUGCUACAUAAGCUGGCUAUGAACCCGGUGUUCAGCGAAGCCUGCCAGGCUUCCAAGGAUGUUCAUGUUGACACAUCCGCCCUUGCUUUCCAAUUGGGGUAUUUCGCCUCAAUAUGUUUGUUGAGGCUCCACGUGCUACUGGGUGACUACUACACAUCACUGAUGAUGGCAUCGAAUGUUGAAUCAACAUCAAAGACCCUGUACUGGAAGAUACCAGCCUGCAACGUGACCUACGUGUACUAUCUGUCGUUUUCCUUCAUGAUGCUCAGGCGAUACAACGAUGCGAUCAAGGUUCUGUCACAGCUGUUGGUAUUUUUGUCGAAACAGAGAAGCUACCUGGUAUCUCAGAGCUACCAGCAGGGGGCCAUGAGUAAGCAGACUGAGAAGAUGUACCUCAUCACGAUCAUUUGUCACGUCACCAGCAAAAUUAAGCUGGAUGAGACCAUAAUGCAGACCAUAAAGGAGCAGUACGCAAAUAGGUUUUAUCAGUUGCAAGUCGACAACGAAGAGUCGUUCCGGGACGUGUUCUUGAAGGCCUGCCCAAAGUUCAUCGACCCGGCGCCCCCGAAGCCGCUCGACGAACCCUCGAGCGCCAGCGAGGUCUUGCAGAGGCAGACGCAGAUAUUUCUGGAGGACAUCUCGAACCAGAGGAAAAUCGACGAGAUAUACUCGUACGCGAAGCUCUACCACAACAUCAGCCUGAAGAAGCUGGGCGGCCUCAUGAACGUCGGGGACGACCCCGAGGUGCUCAGGUCCCACAUCCUCAGCGUUAAGCACCUGAUGCGCCAGUUCGUGGCAGACCCCUCCUCGCACUACCACACCGACAUCCUCCAGACCUUCGGGGACAGGGACGAGCUUUUCAUAGACCAGAACGUGCUCCACAUUAAGAGCAAGAAGAACCAGAAGAUCUACGCGGACUACUUCCUUCAGCAGAUUAACAAGUGCAAGCAGACUCUCAACAGCCUCCACGGCAAAAGGGAGGACCACCACAAGAAGGAGCAGUUAAACGGGGUGUGA